AUGGUCCGCUCCUACUUUCGGUACACCGAGGAGGCCGCGUGGGCCGUGGCUGUGUCUGGCGGCGCCCGCAUCGCCGCCAGCGCCGACGGCCGCUCCAUCCUGACGCCGAUGCUCGAGUCGGUCGGCGUGUGGCCUCUCCGCGGCGGCGGCACCGAGCGGCGCAUGCGACCGCGACCCACCGUGGCGGCCACCGCUUCCGAGACGACGGCGCUGCAGCUGUCUCCCGACGGCGAGGCCGUCGCAGUCGGCUACUCAGACGGCACUGUCCGGCUGUGGCCUGUUGCCGGACGUGAGCCUCUGCUCGAGGAGGAGCGGGUCGCCCUCUCCGGGCACCGCUCGGCGGUGCUCUGCCUCGCCUUCGCGCCCGACGGCUCGCAGCUCGCCUCGGGCGGCGCCGACACCCUCGUCGUCCUCUGGGAUGUCGUCGCCGAGGCUGGCGUCUGCAAGCUGCGCGGCCACCGAGGGCCCGUGACGGGCGUGGCGAUGAUCGCUUCGCUGGGCGCGCUCGCGUCGGUGUCCAAGGACGGGACGCUGCGGCUGUGGGACCUGCACACGCAGCACUGCGUCCAGACCUGCGCCUCUCCGGCGGGCGAGCUCUGGAGCGUCGACAUGGACGAGAGCGCGGGCAGGCUUCUCACUGGCGGAGCUGGCGGCGAGCUGCUGCUCUGGACCAUCGCAAAGGCAGAGGUGGCUGGCAGUGCUGGCGGCGAGAGCGGCGCCGCUGACGGCGCGACCGAGGAGGCGACGCCGGUCGGCGUCGAUCCUCUCUGGAUGGCGGCGCACGCGACGCUUCGCGGGUCGAUCGCGACGACGAGCAGCGCAAAGGUGGCUCAGAUCAGCUGCUCGGCGGACGGGGGCAUCGUCGGCGUGCUGUACGGCGACCGGACGAUGGGGCUGUGGCGGGCGCGGGACGGUGGGGAGCGGCUGAAGAGGGCGGGCAAGCGGCGGCCGCUCUGCGGCCUGCGCGGGUCGCACAAGCUGCACUCCUUCGCCUUCCUGCCGCCGCGCAAGCCGGCCGCCGCACCCUCCGCCGCCAAGGCGAGCCGCAAGCGGGGCAGCGCGCCGCCGCCGGCCGUGCGCGUGCUCGUCGCGCAGCGCGACAACUCUGCAGCCGUGUGGGAAGUGGACACGGGCGCGCGGACGGCGGUACCCGUCCCUGGCGCCUGCGCGCCGCCCGCGGGCCACAAGCACGAGCCGCGCGCUGUGGCGCUGUCCGGAGAUGGCGGCCUGCUCGCCUCGGCCUCGGAUGGGGAGGCGCGCGUCUGGUCGCUCGGCUCGCGCCAGUGCGUCCGCUCCCUCGCGUGUGGCUACGGCCUUUCCGUUGCAUUUGUCGCGGGCAACAAACUGGUUGCAGUCGGGACAAAGUCGGGUGGGUCUCUCCCCCUGUACGAGCUGGCGACGGGCGAGCUCGUGCACGAGAAUGCCUCGGCGCACAGCGGCGCUGUCUGGUCGCUCGCGGUCGAGCCGGGCGGGGCAGCGCUGCUCUCUGCGUCCGCGGACAAGACUGUCGCCACGUGGAGCGUGGUCGGGGAGGGCGGCGGCGGCGGCGCCAGCCUCGCGCCCGAGCUCAGCGCCGACCUCGGCGAUGACGCGAUGGUCGUGGAGGGGGUGACCGCGCGGCGAGUGCACCUCACUCUCUACGGGCACAAGCUGCCCGUCCUCUGCGUCGGCGUUUCGUCGGACGGCACGAUCUGCGCGUCCGGGUCGGCGGACAAGAGUGUCAAGCUGUGGGGCCUCGACUUUGGAGACAUGCACCGCUCGCUCCGCGCCCACACCGAGCCGGUCACGGCCCUCGCGUGGGACCGCCUCAUCAAGCUGUGGGACGCCGACACGUACCAGCUCAUCCACGCGCUGCGCGGCCACCACGCCGAGGUGUGGUCGCUCGCAGUCUCGCGGGACGGCGGCCUGCUGGCCUCCGCCUCGCGCGACCGCUCGCUCCGGCUGCCUUUGGCGGAGGGCGGCGAGAGUCGCGGCGUGGCUGCGGGCGGGGCGCGCCCUCUCAGAGAGGGCUCCCGCGAUCACAAUCUCGCCUACUCUCACGGCCGGCUCCUCGAGCGCAGGCGGGCGGCCUUGGACCGCAAUAGGCGCUCUCGGUACUUGACGGCGAGGAGGAGCGAGCGGCGGAGCGCGUACCUGCUCCGCGCGCUCGGUUCGGUCCGGCCCGCCGAGCUCGAGCAGGCGCUGCUCCUCCUCCCGUUCGACGCGGCACGCACCAUCCUCUACCUGCUGCGCGUGCACCACAAGCCGCUCGUCGCCUCGCGCGCGCUGCUCGACCUGCUCGGCCCGAUCCACGCCGCGCUGUCCGCCCGCGUCUCGGCCGAGCGCGCGCGGCUGGGCUACAACACGGCGGCGCGGGAGAAGAAGACGGGCGGCAAGCGCCGGCCAAAGCAAAAGGGCAGCGCGGCCGAGUGA